AUGUUCCGCUGGCACCGUCCGACAUGUCGGAGACCUGAUAUAUGCAUGGUUGAUAAUGUGCUUUUCUGCUCAAGCUGUGACUCGGCAGUAGAGCUAUCAACCUUCCAGAUGCCCUGUCUUUCCCCUCCAUCUAGUUGUCAAAAGAAACCCCCAGAGUUUCUAGACCUCCGGUGGCCAUUGUCAGUUCAAUAUUCCACGGUCAGGAAAAAUGGUAACAAUGUCCCGGAAUACCAAGCCACAGCCAAAGAUUUAAGAUUAAACUAUACUAGUAUACCAAAGUCAAGUCAGUUGUACCAUGGAGAGAAUGGGUCUGCUAUUAGGUCCCAUUCCGAUGGAAAUUUAUAUCCUUCUUUGGCUCAGAAAUACGACAUUCGACUUCUCAAGCUUUCUGCCUUGUCCUCGCAUGAUUAUCUCCACGGCUACUUGGAUGUUGCCGAUUUGACUAAUCCUCACUCAUUUGAGGCACUAUCAUACUGUUGGGCAGGAGAAACCAACAACAAUGAUAAAGCAAAGUCAAUAUUCAUAGGAACGUUCUGGGACAUAGUUCCCAUCACUAGGAAUUGCGACUCAGCCUUACGACUUCUACUUUCUAAGGGGCAUUUAAAUCUUUGGGUUGACUCUAUUUGUAUCAACCAGGAAAAUCCGUACGAACGGUCGCAUCAAGUCUCAAUAAUGCGUGAUAUUUACUCCAAAGCUUCCCAAGUACUUGUGUAUAUGGGACCUGCUGCAGAUGACAGCGACGAUGCAAUGGUUGCAUUAAAUAUGCUUUCUCAGGCAGUAGAACCCGAUCUAAGCAGUUCUCAAAAGCUUGGUCUAGAGCAUAUUUUCAAAAGACGGUACUUCUCCCGCGUCUGGGUCAUUCAAGAGAUUAUUAUGGCUCGAAAGGUUACUCUCUACUGCGGAGAUAAGAGCAUUUCUUGGACGUCAUUUAGCGACCUUCAGGUACCCUACCGUUAUAUUCACAACGUACCUUGGCUUUUGGAAUACAGUAAAGGAAAUAACAAAAGAAUGAGCGACCUAGACGAUCUUUUGCGACUCUUAGAUGCCACUUCAAGUUGCCAAGCCUCUGACCCUAGAGAUAAUGUGUUCGCCAUGCUUGGCCUCCUACGCAAUAGUAUUUCCGAGGGGUUGGGUCCAGACUACCUCUUAUCAAAGGAAGAGGUUUACAUUGGUAUUGCAUCAUAUCUUAUUCUCCGCCAUGGUAAGACCGAGAUCUUGUUUUAUCCAAAGCAACAUCCGCCGAGCUCGCUUCCUACAUGGGUUCCAGAUUGGUCUAUUUACCGUCCAGCAAAGAUACCAUUAGAAUACAGUGAGGAUAACAUGGUUUACGGCGUAUCUCCAACCGACGUUGCUACUAGAUUAGAACAUCGAAUAUUCUCAUAG